ACUAGCACUCACAUUUUCAAGAUGGCAGCUUCCAUCUCAGGAUUAUUAAAACCUUGGACACCAAGAGUGUUCCUGGUGAGAUGGAGCAGAUACAACCCUUACUAUCUAGAGCCAGAGGUCAGGAAGGAGGCCUACAGCAAACCAGAGGCCGAGCUGAGUGCUGAGGAGAAGGAGCAGCGGGAACUCAAAGCCCUUCGACCCAUCAAGGCAGCAACCAAUGGAGUCACCAGCUCUGUUUUCAGCGACCCCGUCCUCAGUAAAUUCGUCAACAUGAUGAUGAUGGAUGGAAACAAGAUUUUGGCCAAUGAGAUCAUAUCAAAGACGCUUGAGAACAUUAAGAGGAAACAGGUGGAGAAAUACCACAAAGCUCCUGAGGGGAAGAAGGAAGAAAUCGAGUGUAACCCCUACGCCAUUUUUCACCAGGCUCUGGAGAACUGUAAGCCUGUCGUUGGGCUGGCCAGCAUACAGAAAGGCGGAAAGUUCUACCAGGUGCCGAUCCCUCUUUCUGAUGAUCGUCGUCGCCACCUCGCCAUGAAAUGGAUAAUCACGGAGUGCAGGGAAAACAAACACCGACGUACGCUCAUGUAUGAGAAACUCUCCCAGGAGCUGCUGGCGGCGUCUGUGAGGGAGGGCAACGUUAUCAAGAAGAAGCUGGAGAUGCACAAGAUGGCCGAGGCCAACAGAGCCUACGCUCACUACCGCUGGACUUAGAAAGGAAGCUCUAAAGACUGAAAUGUUUCUUCAGACUGAGACUGGACAGACGUGCGGACGGAGGAUUCAGGGACACAUUAUGUCGAUUCUGUAAAUAGUGAACAAUGUGAAAAUCCUCUGAUUUAAAAAAAAAAAGGGGAAACAUGGUAACAACUUUUGUAUCGAGAAAUGGAAUUGUGUAAGAUACAGUCUGUACUGUUAAACACAAACACACAAUUACGGAAAACGUCAAGAUUUAUUAGAACAAAUAACUUCAAAUGUACAACCCAGCCAUAAAAAAAAUGGGAUUGAGUAAAGUAAAAAUGUUGCAACAGCAUAAUAAAAUAUAUCAACAGA